UGUGGUAUGCGAAUAUUUCUAAGUUCUGCUCUGGAUUGGGAAGUGAUACUUUGUCUUAGAGUCUAUAUCUACGCUACAUGCAGGCUUCAACCUGAGUAAUUUCCUUGUUUUACCGAAUGGCAUCAAGAACUCUGUACUCGCAAAGAGACCCAGCUUUAAAGAAGAGAGAUGACUUCGAGGAUAUCCUGGAAGAGAGGAGAAACAGCAGCGACCUGAAAUAUGCACUGAAGUGUUACAUGCCGGUUCUUUACAAGGGGGUCACACCCUGUAAACCGAGCAUGCUAAAGACUAUGGUGCUGCAGUCUGAGCAGCUUCGCUACGUUGUUACCGAGCUGUCGAAGGAGACCGGGGAGGCAACCGAGGUCAUCCAGGGGGAGGCCUUGGCCAUCUUGGAGGAAAUGGCACAUAAGCUACAGCUGGGCACCAUCCGGUUCUUUGCCUACAUGCUCAACAAAGCCUUCAAGACCCUGUACCAGAGGAUCCGCGUGAAUGAGGAUGGCAUCCAGAGACUUCAGCAGGCCAUCCAGGAGCACCCCCUGGUGCUGCUUCCAAGCCAUCGGAGUUACAUGGACUUCCUUAUCGUCUCCUACCUCCUGUACACCUAUGAUCUCGCCCUACCAGUCAUCGCUGCGGGAAUGGACUUCCUGGGCAUGAAGUUUGUGGGAGAGAUGUUGCGAAUGUCCGGCGCUUUCUUCAUCCGGCGCUCAUUCGGAGGGGACAGGCUGUACUGGGCCGUCUUCUCAGAGUACGUCAAGACGAUGCUGAGGAACGGAUAUGCGCCAGUCGAAUUCUUCUUAGAAGGCACAAGAAGUCGAACGUGCAAGUCUUUAACUCCCAAAUUAGGUCUUCUCAACAUCGCAAUGGAACCCUUCUUUAAGGGGGAGGCGUUCGAUGUUAGCAUGGUGCCAAUCAGCAUCAGCUACGAGCGGGUGCUGGAGGAGGCGUUGUAUGCCCGUGAGCUGCUCGGGGUGCCCAAGCCCAAGGAGUCCACGUCUGGACUUCUGAAAGCUCGAAGGAUCCUCAGUGAGGACUACGGCAGUAUACACGUGUAUUUUGGUCAACCGGUGUCCCUUCGCAGUCUGGCCCAGGGCAGAAUCAACCGCUCCCAAUACAACCUGAUGCCCAGACACAUCCCCCAGAGGCCCAGCGAGGAUGCCCAGGUGUUCGUAAAUGACGUGGCCUACAAGAUGGUGCGUCUUCAGGAGGAGAGCAUGGUGCUACGACCCUGGGUUCUGGUGGCCACCGUCCUUUUGCAGAACCCGCACGGCGUGGAAGUGGUGUGGCUCACCGAGCAGACAGCCUGGCUCCGGGGACUGGCUCAGGCUUUUGGGGCCUUCCUGGACUGGCCUGACCACAUCUCUGCCAGUAGGGCAGUGGCCUCUGGUCUGGCCCUGCACCCCAACCUGGUGUGUGCGGAGAGGGGCCGCGUGCGGCUGGCAACAGAGCCGAAGGGCACCGGGGCCAGAGCACCGGAGGAGGACCUGUUUAACCACGCCGUCACCGUGCUCUCCUGCGCCUCCUACAGGAACCAGGUCCUGCACGUGUUUCUGCGCCCUGCCCUGCUGGCCAUGGCGAUGGAGAUUGCGCCCACCUCCAGAAAAGACGACGUGUACAGCUGCUUCGGCUACCUGCGAGACAUGUUCUCCAACGAGUUCAUUCUCUGUCCUGGAGCAGAAGUCCAGGACUUCGACGAGGCCUGCUUUCUCCUGACGAAACGCAGCGCCAUUCAGAUCCUGAAGCAGGACAUCGAGGCCACAGAACGGGGCCAGCCCACCCUCACAUUCCUUUCCGCCAUGUUUCAGCCGUUCUUGAUGGGUUACCAGGUGGUGUGCCGGUACCUGUGCGAGGAGGUGGCAGAGAGCCUCCCCGAGAAGAGCUACGUAGCCGGAGUGCGCAGCUAUGCCGUUAAACGCAUCCUGUCGGGGGAGCUGACGUGCUUGGAGGUGCUGUCUUCAGACCUGCAGAAGAACGUCCUGGCGGCCCUGCUGAGGAUGGGCGCCUUGAGAAAAAGCAAAGUAGGCGAGCAGGUGACUCUCCGCGUGAACAAGUCGGCGAUAAACACGAUAGAGAACACGCUCGGAGGCAGAGUCUCCACACAGAAGCCUGUUCUCGCCCGACUGUAACUCUCGCAUCUGAGGAUCCAGGCUGCGUCUCCACGACGGCCAAGUCACCCGAAGACGACGCGGUGCUACUGCCCUUACGCCGUUUCCUUUUAAGAGAGACUUGGCAACCCAAGUGGGAGUGUGUUGCUUCCUACAUCAAAGCUGAUUAUCCCUUUUCAAAAUAGUGCUUUAAAAAUAAUGCUACAGAUGUGCUAUGAAGCAUAACCUACUGUCACUAACGUGGUUUGAAAGCCAUCCGUGGGAGUGCCAAGUCCGAUCCACCAUCGUCUUCUGGCAGACCCCAAGUUCUCAAAGAAACGAACCAAAAGCCAGUGACUUCAGCUAGGUCACCCUAACCCUUUUUAUGCGAGAUGUACAGCUCUAACGUUGGAUGUUAUCCUUGUUCACUGUGUUUUGCAGACUUUAUUUAUUUUUUUGUUACAUGGUAAUUUAAUCCAGUGUCAUUGUGCACUUUGGAUGGUUCUCUUGUGUUAAGGGAGAGUGUGCGGUUAUUAAUGAGUGUAAAUCUUGUUCAUUUUGGAUUCCAGCAGAGCAUCAUGAUGGUAAUAAAUGUGUGUGACAGCCAUCCCCCCCCAUUAUGUAUUACAUUAUGUAGGGUAUGCUUGCGUGUGAUUGAAGGUGAACAGUUUUUUUUUUUUCGUCUCUGCAGAUGUGCCACCUUAGCAUUAACCAAAUCAGUCUGUUGUUCCACUCAUUUUUGGAUGCACUCCAGAUCAGUCACCUAUUCUCCAUGGAUGCGAAAUUUACAACCAACUCAUGAACCAUUCAGUGUUUACUGUAUGCCUUUAAAAAUACAACAGGGAGAUGUGGAGAAGUGUAGAUC